AUGAAUCAAUUAUUAAAGAGUAGUUCAAAUCUAUUACUUAAUAUUACAAGUAAUACUAUUAGAUAUAAUGGAUUCAGUAGUGGUGUAUCUUUGAUGAUUCAUCAGUCUAUCAGAAGCAGAACCUCUGGUUUCUUGAUGAAUAAUAAUGGUGCGCUACUUUCAUCUGGUCGUAUGAUGAUCAAGGUCAAUCUGGAGGACGAUGACGAAUCAGUGGAUGAUGCCGCAGCAGUGGAUCCCAAUGCAAAGAAACAAUUGACACCAGAGGAAUUGGCAAAGAAGAAGGCACAGCGUAACGAAGACAAGAAAGAGCGUGACGCUCAAAAGAAAGAGAAUCGUAUAAAGAUGAUCGAACGCUCCAAAGCACAGCGCGAGAAGCAAGCAGAGAAAGAACAGAAAUCAAAAGAUAAACUACAGCAACAACAGCGUGAAAAAGAAAUGAAAAAUAGAAAAGCUUCGGUAUUCGAUCCAGAUUACGAACCGGAUUUCGACUAUGAAAUCGGAACCGCUGGUUCUGACUCGCUUUUACACAAAAGAGAAAAGAAAGAAAAAGUUAAACCAAACAUCAAGAAACCAAAUAACAAUAAAAAUUUUGUAAGAUAA